UUUAAGGUUCCAUUUCAAGACGCUCUGGAUUUGGUGCGAACAAGGAAAGUGUACCUCAGAAAGGGCUGUGCGUACAUCCCUCAUCAUGAAAUUGUCGCCAUUGUUCUCAAUGACUUCCGUACAAGGCUGUCCAAAGCUCUUGCUCUGACAGCCCGCUCGCUACCAGCAGUGCAAUCUGAUGAACGUCUCCAACCGCUCCUUAACCAUCUCAGCCAUGCAUACGUGGGACAGGAUUACAGCAUCCAUAAGAACGUCGGGAAAAUCUCCUUGGAGCAGAUCGAUUCGCUUUCAGGAAAGUCAUUCCCGCUCUGUAUGAGGCAGCUGCAUCAGGCCCUUAAAGACAAUCACCAUCUCCGCCAUGGUGGCAGGAUGCAGUACGGUCUGUUCCUCAAAGGUAUCGGCCUCUCUCUGGAGCAGGCGUUGCAGUUCUGGAGGAUGGAGUUCACAAGGGGCAAAGUGGAUGCAGACAAGUUUGACAAAGCAUAUGCCUACAGCAUCCGCCACAUGUUUGGCAAAGAAGGCAAGCGAGCAGACUACACACCUUACAGCUGCAUGAAGGUGAUUUUAUCAAACCCACCCGGUCCAGGCGACUUUCAUGGAUGCCCAUUCCGCCACAGUGAGCCAGAGCUGCUGAAGCAGAAGCUUCAGGUGUAUAAAGUGUCUCCCAGUGGAGUCAGUCAGAUCAUGGAGCUGGUCAAAGGGAUGCACUACCAGCUGGCGUGCCAGAAGUACUUUGAGCUGACACACCAUGUUGAGGACGCACCCUUCUCACUUAGUCACCCCAAUCAGUACUUUACAGAGAGCCAGAAGGUUUUCGGAGGAGGCAAGGACAUAAAGCGAGACGUCGACGCUCCUCAAAGGUCUCAGGAGAACUCUGCCACCAAAGCGUCCUCUGCAUCUCAAGAGACGGCAGCGAACGCUAAUGAACAGGUGGCUGAGAUGCCUGAAAACCUGGAGUUUGUCUUUAAAGAUGAUUGAUUUCUGUUUUAAUACUCGUGAGAAUAAAUGUUGAAGAGUUGGGGC